AUGAAUCGCCCCUUUAUCAAAGUCUUGACUGCUUUAUUUGCAUGUUUAAUGGAGACCAACAACAGCAGGGUGGUGGAUGCCAAGGAGCAUGAGUCCAGAUCAGGAUCUACUACUAACUUGUCUCCCUCAGACUUUCUGGACUCAUUGAUGGGUAGAACAUCGGGUUAUGAUGCACGAAUAAGACCUAACUUCAAAGGUCCCCCAGUUAAUGUUACCUGCAACAUAUUUAUCAACAGCUUUGGUUCUAUAGCAGAAACUACAAUGGAUUACAGAGUGAACAUCUUCCUGCGACAGAAGUGGAGAGACCCUCGGCUGGCGUACAGCAAAUACCCAGACUCCUCUCUGGACCUGGAUCCGUCCAUGUUGGAUUCUAUCUGGAAACCUGACCUGUUCUUCGCCAAUGAGAAAGGUGCCAACUUCCAUGAUGUCACCACAGACAACAAGCUCCUGAGGGUCUUCAAAGAUGGUACCGUCCUGUACAGUAUCAGGUUGACUCUCAUUCUAUCUUGUCCAAUGGAUCUGAAGAACUUUCCCAUGGACAUGCAGAUCUGUACCAUGCAACUGGAGAGCUUUGGCUACACUAUGAAUGACUUGAUCUUUGAGUGGGAGAGCAAGGACAAAAAUCCGGUGCAGGUGGCCGCAGGGCUGACCCUCCCCCAGUUUAUCAUGAGAGAUGAGAAGGAGCUGGGAUACUGUACCAAAAGCUACAACACCGGUAAAUUCACCUGCAUUGAGGUGAAGUUCCACUUGGAGAGACAGAUGGGUUACUACCUGAUCCAGAUGUACAUCCCCAGCCUCCUCAUUGUCAUCCUCUCCUGGGUCUCCUUCUGGAUCAACAUGGACGCCGCGCCCGCCAGGGUAGCGCUGGGCAUCACCACUGUGCUCACCAUGACAACCCAGAGCUCCGGCUCCAGAGCCUCCCUUCCUAAGGUGUCCUAUGUGAAGGCCAUUGAUAUCUGGAUGGCCGUGUGUCUCCUGUUUGUAUUCGCUGCCCUACUGGAAUAUGCUGGGGUUAACUUUGUUUCCAGGCAACAGAAGGAUUUACUUCGCUUGAGGCGAAGACAGAGGCGGACACACAAGGAUGACGACAUGAGGGAUGGCCGCUUCAAUUUCUCUGGUUACGGCAUGACUCAGUGUCUGAAGGAUGGGCCGGCUGUUAAAAACGCCGUCUCAAACCCCAGCUCAGCACCACCAACUCCUAAAGAGAAAGAGGUGAUAAGAAAAAGGUUUGUGGACAGGGCCAAGAGGAUUGACACUGUGUCCCGAGCAGCCUUCCCUAUGGCCUUCCUCCUCUUCAACAUCUUCUACUGGAUAACAUACAAGGUCAUCAGGCAUGAGGACAUUGGCAUGCAGUCAGGGUAGUCGCUCUGCCCGGCAGGUUUUACCUAUGGAACCCUCAUCUCUCUCUCACUCUAAUUUUACUGAAUGAGAAAUGAUUGGACAGCAGUGAGACUACUUUAUGUUGUGGGACUGUACAUGGAGGAGAGGCACAGUGAUGCUGGGGGUGGUGGUGUUCUUUCAGGGAUAAUUGGUAGGUGUUCAAGCAAAAUCGAAUAGACUAAUGCACAUGUUUUAGAUGAACAAGUGGUGAGGCACAGAUAUAUUCCUAUGUGUUAAUGCAUCCUGGAGAUUCUACUGGGUUUUUACUCAAGGCACAGAGCAAUGAUGUAAAAAAGUGGACCACAUUUUAUGAGACAAUACUGCCUUUGCAU